CACUGGAAACGUUCAAUAGUGGCCUCCAUUUGAGUCCGCCGAGCCAGCUAGGCUAGCUGGGCUUUCGCGUCUCUCCCCCUAUACGGAAUCUGGCAGGAUCCCGGGACAGAUGGCAGCGCUCACAGCAAUUUAGCCCAACAGAGCCACAGGAUUCUAAAAUAAAAUAAUAUAAAAACACUGUUAGCUUUUAAACCGAGGUCUUUAGUUCAGGUUUCGGCGUUCGACAACAAACAUGCGUUGCGCUCUGAUGACGUAGUGAUUGACAUGCGUGUGUGCGUCUAUGGAUUUGCUUGCUUAGUUAAAGGUUACACACACACCACACUGACCAACAAGUUAUUUUGUUGGCAUUUACGUAUUUCCCCAUUACCAGUAAAACAUCAUCAAAACCUAUUUCUUUCACUUACUUGCUGUGCUUUUUCUUUGUUUAUUUGUUCUGUCGUUUCAUUCUCAACCAGGAUUUAUAUAGAACGCCAUUUGGGUCUUUGCGUGUCCAAAAAGAUACUCAUCAAAUAACACUAUUUGACUUGUCAAAUAAGUUUGUUGACCAAUCAGGACCUGAAUAUGACUGCACGUCAAAUAAUUGAACAUUUUUUAUUAACGUAGUGUAAUCGAUGUGUAAUAACAAUCACUCGUAUUUCACAAUGAUUUCAUCAAUACGUAUGCUAUGAUGCUGGUAAAGUUGUCUCGCGCACCUACAGUGCUGGUCAUAAAAAUAAAAAAGCUAGCUAGCUCAUGGAUGCAAACAAUGUAGUUCUUCCCCAAAAACAUAGCAAAAUAUCUGUUUCAGUAGCUAUAGUUAGCUAGCUGACUAUCGCUUGGUGUCAUCUAAAAUAACCCUAAUUUAUAAGACAGUUCUUAUUUGAUUAAUGGGGGUCGGACCCAUCUAUGUGAAGCAAGCCACGAUAAGGAUUAGCCACAAUAGUGGGCUGUUAGCCUUCAAAAUAAAAGUAUGGCAUAAUUUUACUAUUUGUAUUAAUUUGCAUCGCUGUCAAUUAUAUACUUUCAUUUUGAAGGCAAACCGCAAAUUCCACUAUUGGGCCUAAUCAUUAUUGUGUCUGGCUUCACAACACAGUCCGGUUGGGCCCUCCUAGCUAGCUGGCUGCUUAUAACGUUAGCUGUGGGCAAUAGGGUUAAGUAGCUGGCUUGUUCAAUUUCAAUAGGUGAACAUCAAGUGGCAACCUAGCUAAUACUUGCUCACAAGAUUUCCUAAAUCAUUGCUAAGAAUAAUGAAAAUUACUCUAGUUUCUACUGGUCAUUGUUUUCAGGCUGGUUGUAUUGGUGCUAAAGUUAGCUACCCCAGAAGUUGCAGUUGAACAAAUGAUGCUUUAUAACCAAUGCGGUAUUGUAAAUACAUUGUUUGUGGCUGGUGUAUGCUUGUUUGCAGACAUUUUUUGUACUUUUUUGUACAUCUUUGACAGUCAUACUGUAUAUUUUUUUGACACGCAAAGACCCAAAUGGCGUUCCAUAGUAUGUAUGUCGUGAAGCUAAUAGCAGUGUGUAACUCUGGGUGGGCAACAUCCAGAGCACACUUGGUGGUGUCUACCGGUGCUCGGCCAGUCGGCGAAAGCCAACAUCACCCGAUAGAGAACGGUUGAUCUGUCAAGGGCAAUGAAUUCCAUUAUCUUGGCUUUAAUGGAUUUCACCUAUUAGUUGUCUUGCUGAAAUGUUUACUCUUUCAAAUGACUGCUUGACUUGUUUGACUGCUCGAUCCACACAGCACAGAUAUUGUGGGCUAGGUUAGGAAUGCUGUGUUGCACAUGUAGCGCUAAAUGUUACGUGGCGUCAUUAUGUCCUGUACCUACGUUAAAUGGGUAUGCACGGUAGUUUUGACAUGGGUUUUUAACAUCAGCGUUAAACCAGACAUCGUGCCCAUACCGAUGUUGCCGUUUUUAGAUAAUAUUAGCCGAUUCCGAUAUGUUCACCAACUAUAUCGUGCAUCCCUAAGUGAAAUGUGUUGUUUUACAGGGUCAGCUGUAGUAAAAUGGCACCCCUGGAGAAAAUUAGGUUUAAGUACCUUGCUCAAGGGCACAUAGACAGAUUUUUCACGUUGUCGGCUCUAGUAUUCAAACCAGUGACCUUGCGGUUACUGGCCCAACGCUCUAACCGCUCGGCUACCUGCCGCCUACGUACCGGUGUUCAUGCAUUUCCUCUCCCUUUUCUGUCUGUUGUUUAUCAUCUGACCUCUGGCUGCUCUUAGCCAAAUACUGUAUAUCACUCCUACAGGUUAGGGGGGUGUGUGUGUGACACCUACACAAAAAUGUGCAGGUGUGGAUUGUAAUGUAGACAUAAAUGUCCAGUAUAUUGUGGGAGUAUUUGCGCCUGGUGAGCAGACAUCAUGGAAAUGUUUUCUUACUAUUUGUCUGCUACUCCUCCAUCUCACCCUCGCGUGUGUGUGUAUGUGUGCGCACCAUACCCUUGGCUGGGGCAGACCUUUGUUCAGGCAGAAGGUAACUGAUUUACAGCAUCCAGGGGAGCUAUGACAACUAUAUCAGACUCACACACACACAGCCCCUCCCAUCUGGGGGCAGUCUUACAUUGGUCCCUAAAAUUAGACGGAGAGAAGGAUGGAGAAAGUUCACAAGCUGUCUCACACAGUCCAGGACACACACACACACACACACUGACACUCCUCUCACACAACAUCAUCGUCACAGUUUUCUUAGAUAAUUAAAAUGUAUGGACUUUAAGUGGGUGAUUGUGUACUGUGUGUUAUUCUGAGUACAUCUGUAAUACAUGAGGGGCAGGGUUCAUAGGUGUCCUAGUAUGGCUGUGUAUUGUGUUUGUGAUUGGCAGACCGAGGUAUUUUGUUUACUUCCAGGCAGUGAUGAUGCCGUGUCUUCUGUAAAGAAUCCUUGAGGACCUGUGUGUGUGUGUGUGUGUGUGCGCGCGCUCUUGAUUAGUGUAACUAAAGGAGCCUCUGAGUCGUUGAUGAGAGGAUGUGAAGGGUACACCUACUGAGAGGGGUCCCUAGCUGGUGGGUCUUCAGAUCUAGUUGAGAGAGAUGCGUGUCUGUCUUCAUGUCAUAUAGUCAGUGUUCUUUAGACUAGGUGAAGAGGGCUGUUACGAACAGGGCCUAUAGAAAGUCUACUCCCCUUGGAAUUUUAAUGUAGCAAAAUCGGAAAAAGGUUCAUCUAAAUAGGGAUUCAAUUAGUUUUAUUCUCCUCCAGAUCUACACAAACUACUUUACAUUUUCAAAGUACAAAAGUUAUACAUUUCCUAAUUAAGAAAAACUAAAAUAUCAUAAUUGGAUAAAGGCAUCCGCAUGCUUCACAGCCGAAGCAAUUCGUGCAUAUAUUAUGACGACAUUUUGCAACGUUGAUGUUUGUUUUAGACAUCGACAAGAGUUUUUUUUUUUUUUUUUCGGGCACACAAUUUUUUUUCUUGAGGCAAGCAGAAGUCGGUAACCCCCUCAUCAGCGAUUUUUGUCAACAGUAGGGAUUCUUCAAUGCAGUGCCGGUUGUCAUUCAACGAGAGAUGUCUUCAUGCAAAACAAUUCACUUGAGAGAAAUACUGCACCAAACAUCCGAGUCAGAUGCAAUGAAGAUCUCCAAUGCAAAAACAUCAAAAUGAAUGACAACUCAAAUCUAUCUUAAAUGAAUUUACUUUUUUGAGGAAGUGUAUGCAUGCGCGUGAAGGCUUUGUCUGCGAAAGCAUCCACGCUUAGCACAGAUGCAGCACCCAGACCUGCGCCAUCCACCAUUGAUUUGUGCAUUGUGCUACGUACCGUUAGCAUUUUUUUGGCUAGCGCCAUGAGCCUUUCUGCUGGUUAGCCAUUGAUUCAGUGAAGAGCCCAGUGUUAUCUUAGACUGCAAAGCAUGCUUGAACAAGGCCCCUUUUUACUGUGGUUCCAGGCAGCUUAGACGGACGCCAGUGACGUUCUACUGAGAUGGAUCUCAUCGCUUGUAGAGGGGUGUGCAUCCAGACAGGGAUGAAUCAAUAACUGUCCCUGCCAUAAGACUGCUAAAUACACUGAACACAAAUAUAAACGCAACAUGCAACAAUUUCAAAGAUAUAUUUGCUAAGUUACAGUUCAUAUAAGAAAAUCAGUCAAUUGAAAUACAUUUUUUUAGGCCCUAAUUUGUGGAUUUCACAUGACUGGGAAUACAGAUAUGCAUCUUUUGGUCACAGAUACCUUUAAGUACGCAUUUCACUGUUACUAUACCCCUGUUGAAGCAAACAAAAUUUGCUGCUAGAGGUUUGGUGUGUUGGUUAACGUUUAGCAUCAGAGUUUCCUGGUACAGCCAGACAGGCCGAGACUGACAGACAGGAGUAAACUGCAUGCUUAGACAGACACAUGCACACAAAAGCAAACUCAGACAGAGAAACACACAACUGUUGGAUGUAUUGGGUUAUGUGAUAAUGUGAGAGCUUUGAUAAGCCCAGCUCCCUAUGAAUCCAUCCAGUCAGUUAAACAUUGACUCUCCAGACUACAACAUCUUAUCAGUACAGCGACAGCCACACAGUUCUUGGAAUGAGCAUGAGUCUGCCGCUUAUAGGGGUUUUUGCGGUGUGUGUGUGUGUCUGCUUGUUUUUGUGACCUAUCUUUAGCUGUCCAUUUCUAUAGCCUAUUCUGGAGAAACUCAGAAUGGACUGUGUGCUUGACUGUCUGUAAUAUAUUACAUUACGCCCAGUUCAUCGCUCUCUUUCUGUUUUGAUCCAGUCCCUUACAGGUGGGUGAUAUGCUCCAUUCUGAGUGACACUGUUAUAGUGAACACAGACAACACACAAACUCUGGUGUUGUUUUCCUGGGCUGCAUAGGGUCACACCCUCCUAAACAAGAUGAGCCAUCUGCCAUUGGGAAAAAACAGGAAGUCAGCAGCCUUCCUCCUCGUUAGGCUAUAGUAACCUAUGCUUGAGAGAUGAAGGGCAGGUAGCCUGCAGGCAUUCAGGCAUGUGCAAGGCACCCGACCGUAAGGCGCUACAGAGGAUGGGGAGUACAGCCCAAUGUAUCACUUGGGCUGGGCUCCCUGCCACCCAGGACCUUUAUACCAGGCUGUGUCAGAGGAAGGCCCUAAGAAAUUGUCAGACUCCAGCCACCAAACCCAUAGACUGUUCUCUCUGCUACCGCACGGCAAGCGGUACCAGUGCUUGAAGCCUAGAACCAACAGGACCCUGAACAGCUUCUACCCCGAGCCAUAAGACUGCUAAACAAGACUGAUAAAUAUCUAAUCAAAUGAUGUCAGAAGAUGCAGUGUCCCUCCACCUCCCCAGACGCCAUUAGCAUGGAGGAGAGCCACAGGGAAUAAGAGCCUCCAGGAGACUGCAGGUCCUUAUGUUUGAGCUGGGUGUUGGUCCCUGCGAUGCCUCCCGCCAUGACAGACGACCUGGACUUGUGGGCGGCCCACUCCCAGCUGUCUGGAGAGGACCUGGUCACUGUAGACUUCCUGUUACCCACCGGCAUCUACAUCCAGAUGGACGUCCCCAGAGAGGCCACCAUACAACACAUCAAACUGCUCCUAUGGAAGCAGGCCCAGUCAUACCCCCUGUUUCCGUCUCUGGGGGAGAUGGAGGGCCACAUGUUUGAGUGUGUGAACCAGGCAGCGGUGCACGAGGAGCUAGAGGAUGAGACCAGGCGCCUCUGUGAUGUUAGGCCCUUCUGUCCCAUGCUCAAACUGGUCACACGCAACUGUGGCCGCGCGGAACGCUUGCUCGACUCCAAGAUCGGUGUGCUCAUCGGAAAAGGUCUCCACGAGCUGGACGCUCUGCAGGACCAGGAGGUGAAGGACUUCCGCAGUAAGAUGUUCCGUAUCAGCGAGGAGAAGAUGCAGCGGGUACAGCUGAUGACCUGGAGCGAGUGGCUGCAGGCCUGUUUCUCUCCGCAGCUGGCGCCAGGGGGAGGAGCCACACCUGUCACAGACGGUGUCAAUGACAAACAGGCCGAGGCCAGCCUCAAAGUCACCAUGCACUUCGACCAGUCCCAGGACACAGCCAGUCUGAAGGUGUGGCCCAGCACCAGUCCCAGUGAGCUGAUGGAACAGGCGUUGAGGAAAUGGCUAACGACCCACGGCCCCGAGGAGGAGGGACGCCAGGCCGAGCAGUAUGUUCUGAGGGUCAGCGAUAAGCUGGAGUUCCUCUGUGGAGACCACCCCCUCAUACAGUACAAGUACAUCAAAGCUUGUCUCCAGGCUAAGGAGUGUCCCCACCUGACCCUGGUCCAGGUCAGCACAGUCCAGGCCAUGUUCGAGAAGGAGAUCUCGGCCAUCGGAGCUGUAGUCAACCGAAAGAGUGCCAACCCCCCCUUACCCCUGCCCCCCAAGAGGAGGGGACCCUCGCAAGUGAAUACGUGUGUAUGGGAGGUGUCCACCCCGUUUAAGAUUGUCCUAAUCAAAGGCAGCAAGGUGAACGCUGAGGAGACUGCCAAGGUCCAGGUGCGUGCAGGCUUGUUCCACGGCACAGAGUUGUUAUGCAAGCCGGCGGUGAGCAGCGAGAGCAGUGGACGCUCGGAACACGUGUGGAACCUCACGCUGGAGUUCGACAUCACUGUGAGUGACCUGCCGCGCAUGGCCCGCCUCUGCUUCGCCGUCUAUGCCGUCAUGGACAAGGUCAAGAAGCAGAAGUCCACCAAGAACGCCCACAUCAACAAGUACCAGACCAUCCGCAAAGCCGGCAAAGUGCACUACCCUGUAGCCUGGGUGAACACCAUGGUGUUUGACUAUAAAGGACAGCUGAAGACUGGAGAUAUCAUCCUUCACAGCUGGUCUUCCUUUCCUGAUGAACUUGAAGAGAUGCUGAACCCCAUAGGAACCAUCCAGACCAACCCGUACACUGAGAAUUCUACAGCACUCCACAUCCACCUCCCUGACUACAACCCUCACCCCAUUCUAUUCCCCCCCUUCGACAAGAUUCUGGAGAAAGCUGCAGAAAUCGCUGGGUCAAGCGAUUGCUCGACCAUGGGCCGAGGCGGUAAGAAGUUCCACAUUGAGCUGAAGGAGAUCAUGGAGAGGGACCCUCUCUCCCAGCUGUGUGAGAAUGAGAAGGACCUCAUCUGGACACUACGCUACGACUGCAUGGAGAACUUCCCCCAGUCACUGCCCAAACUGCUGCUCUCUGUCAAGUGGAGCAAACAUGAGGACAUGGCCCAGCUCCAGGCCUUGCUGCAGAUCUGGCCCAAGCUGAGUCCCAGGGACGCUCUGGAGCUGCUCGACUUUAACUAUCCAGACCAGUAUGUCAGAGAGUACGCUGUGGGCUGCCUGAGGGAUAUGAGUGAUGAGGAGUUGUCUCAGUACCUGCUCCAGCUGGUCCAGGUGUUACGUUAUGAACCCUACUAUGACUGUGCGCUCACCCGAUUCCUGUUGAACAGAGCUCAGUGCAACCGCAACAUAGGACACUUCCUCUUCUGGCAUCUCAGGUCAGAGAUGCACAUGCCAGCCGUCUCUGUCCAGUUCUCUCUCAUCCUCGAGGCCUACUGUCGCGGCAGCAUUCCUCACAUUGAGGUCCUGAAGAAACAGGUGGAGGCUCUGAGCAAGCUGAAGUCUGUGAACGAGCUGAUCAAGCUGGGCACCAUCAAGAACGCACGCAGUAAGACCAAGGAGGCCAUGCUCACCAAAGAGGCCAUGAUGACUUGUCUGAGACAGAGUGGCUACACAGAGACCCUCUCUGACCUGCACUCCCCUCUCAACCCCAGUGUCCUGCUCUCUGGAAUCAAUGUGGAGAAGUGUCGGUACAUGGACUCGAAGAUGAAGCCUCUGUGGAUCGUCUACAACAACAAGCUUCUGGGGGGAGACACCCUGGGAAUCAUCUUCAAGAACGGAGACGACCUGAGACAAGACAUGUUGACACUGCAGAUCUUGAGGUUGAUGGACCUGCUAUGGAAGGAGGCCAAUCUGGACCUCAGAAUUGUACCUUAUGGUUGCCUAGCAACUGGGGACCGGUCAGGGCUGAUCGAGGUGGUGUCGUCGGCGGAUACCAUCGCCAACAUCCAGCUGACCAGCAGCAACGUGGCAGCCGCCGCAGCCUUCAACAAGGACGCGCUACUUAACUGGCUCAAAGAGAAGAACUCUGGAGAUGCUCUGGAGAAGGCGAUCGAGGAGUUCACCCUGUCAUGUGCAGGCUACUGUGUGGCCACCUACGUCCUGGGGAUAGGUGACCGCCACAGUGACAAUAUCAUGGUCCGCAGCACUGGACAGCUCUUCCACAUAGACUUUGGGCAUAUCCUGGGGAACUUCAAGUCCAAGUUUGGCAUCAAGAGGGAACGCGUCCCCUUCAUCCUGACCCAUGACUUCAUCCACGUCAUCCAACAGGGAAAGACGGGCAACACUGAGAAGUUUGGCAGUUUCCGUAAUUACUGUGAACAAGCCUACCUGAUUCUGAGGCGAAAUGGGAACCUCUUCAUCACCCUGUUUGCCCUCAUGCUGACUGCUGGACUGCCCGAGCUCACCUCCGUCAAGGAUAUACAGUACCUAAAGGACUCUCUGGCCCUGGGGAAGACCGACGACGAGGCACUGAAACAGUUCCGCCAAAAGUUUGACGAGGCGCUGAGAGAGAGCUGGACCACCAAAGUCAACUGGAUGGCCCACAACGUGGUCAAAGACAACCGCUCCUAGAACAGACAGUCGCACAUCCUGGAGCUAGAGGGUGAAAUGUUAAAGGUCAGGAGGGUCUGAGUUCUAUCCAGUGCUGGGACAACAGUGACAGUGGGGGUGUAGGUGUUGCUAAGGGGUGAAGACCAGACAGGACUGGGCCGCAAAGAAGGGAAUCUAGAAGGCUAUCUUAAACACACAUGCUCUUACAGGCUUAAAUCCCCCUCCCUUUGCAUUUCCUCUGGCUUUUGAAGCUGCUGUGUGCCUCCAGCCAGUCCAGCAGUCCCAUUGCCUCUCCCUGAUCAUGUGACAUAUUUUUGGGUAAUGUGGUUGCGAAUAUUGCACUGCUCAGUGAGAGUCAGAGCCCCCCCUCUGAGUUGUGAAUGGACUGCCCCCUUGGAGACUGGACUAGACUGAACCAAUGAGGAAGGAAGAGGACGGGGGUGGUUUCACCCACCUAUUAGCAAGACUUCUGAUCUGCCUUGUGUUGAACUAAAGGGAGAGGUCAGGGUUGACCACACCCACUCAAGGCCUCACACCCGUGUCUUAAAACGACGCCAAAACGUGCACAUAGCCAGAGGAAGUGCGUCUUAUUGGACUUUUCCUCGCAAGGCCUCCAGUUCAUCUCGAAAGUGUGCCUAUAAACUGCGAGAAGAUUGUAUUUUGUUUAGUUUUUUUAAAUGUUUUUUUAAAUUUCCAUUUUAAGAUGUUAUUAAGAUGAUAUAGGACAUGUAUAUGUGCCAGACUACUUUUUAUUUAUAUAUAUAUAUGUGUGUGUGUGUGUGUGUGUGUGUGUGUGUGUGUGUGUGUGUGUGUGUGUGUGUGUGUGUGUGUGUGUGUGUGUGUGUGUGUGUGUGUGUGUGUGUGUGUGUGUGUGUGUGUGUGUGUGUGUGUGUGUACAGAGAGAGACGCUGCAUGGCCAAAUGUUUCUGGAUGUCUCUUGCCGAAAGCUAAACAACAACGUUCCUCACUCUGCUUAUGCUGUCCCCUCCUAGGAGCUAGCUCUUUCCCUCACUAACGUUAGCACAACUCUGGAAAGCAGUGCUCAGCAAGCUGGGGCAAAGGACACUGUGUCCCAGUGUUGGGAAACACAGAUUUGCCGUGCAUGCUCUCCACACUGAAUAGACUAUCCCAGUGAUAUCCAGAUGGUUACCAACAUUAUAAGUAUUUCUCAUGAAGGCUGUUAUCCUACUUGGAGUAAAAACUGCAGGAAAACAUUUGAGUUAAUUAACAUUGAUUUGGUGGUUUAGCUCUACAGAAGAGGUGUCCAGUGGGGGGCAGUUCAAUUUGGUUACGCAACUUCAGCCAUUGAGAAAUGGGGUGAAUUAGACCAUCAAAUACUGGAACCAUUUGAAAUACAAGGAAGAGAGAGCUUAAAAUGUUUCUACAACUUAAUUUUGUGUUCCUGCUUUGGAAUGUGGAUGUAACAUUCCUGUGUUCCAUUUAAUCAAGUUAUGGUUGUUGUUGGACAAACAGAACAGGCACAAUGGGUGAGUCAUCACCACACUACCCCAUGGAGGUAUCACGGCCCCGUGGCGGCACUAUCGCGGCACUAUCGCGGCCCUGUGGAGGCAUUAUCGCGGCCCCGCGGAGGCAUUAUCGCGGCCCCACGGAGGCAUUAUCGCGGCCCCACGGAGGCAUUAUCAUGGCCUCACGGAGGCAUUAUCAUGGCCUCACGGAGGUAUUAUCACGGCCCCACGGAGGCAUUAUCACGGCCCCAUGGAGGCAUUAUCACGGCCCCAUGGAGAUUCGGUCUUAGACAUAGACUUGCCUACGGAUGUCAGAUCUAGUCUUUUUUUCUUUUUUUUACCCCUUAUUUCGUGGUAUCCAAUUGUUGUAGUAGCUACUAUCGUGUCUCAUCACUACAACUCCCGUACGGGCUCGGGAGAGACGAAGGUUGAAAGUCAUGCGUCCUCCGAUACACAACCCAACCAGCCGCACUGCUUCUUAACACAGCGCACCUCCAACCCGGAAGCACCAAUGUGCCGGAGGAAACACCGUGUACCUGGCAACCUUGGUUAGCGCGCACUGCGCCCGUCCCGCCACAGGAGUCGCUGGUGCGCGAUGAGACGAGGACAUCCCUACCGACCAAGCCCUCCCUAACCCGGACGACGCUAGGCCAAUUGUGCGUCGCCCCACGGACCUCCCGGUCGCGGCCAGUUACGACAGAACCCAGGGACUCUGAUGGCACAGCUGGCGCUGCAGUACAGCGCCCUUAACCACUGCGCCACCCGGGAGGCCCAGAUCUAGUGUUUCAAAGCACCAAGCCGCUCACAUGACAAUAACCACAAUGAAUAAACGAAGCAUGUUACUAAAAUGCCUUUUAGGACCAAAACAAAGAAAACCUUCAGUUGAUUUAGGUUUUGUUUUUACAGUGUUUUAAAGAAUCUGUUCAGAAAUUGAAUGUUUGUGUGCAAAAUGUGUCGCGUUCUUUUUCAGUGUAUUUGUUUUUUAGAUCAGCCAAAUUGGGCGGAGUUUAAGACCUAUGGAAGGGGUUUGCCAGCAGAGGGCGUAACACUGCGAUUCAAAGCUACUUCCUGGUUUUGUCAUGAGGUGCUCUCUGUUUUGAUUUUGUGCAAUAUCCGUAUAGGAGUCUACAUGUAUAUUAUGUAAAUGAACCCUUGGGCCCUAAUGCCUGAGGCUAUAAUGGUUGUCACUGGGUUCAUGUGUAUUGCUGCUGUAUUUCUCACCGCUAGCCUUCUUAAGUCUCUCAGACACUGAAUAUUGUCAAAUGUACAGGCUUUUAUGUUUUCACUGUUUUUUGUUUUAUUAAAGUUCUUUUCCAUCUAA